AUGAUCAUCUACAAGGACAUCCUCACCGAUGACGAGCUCAUCUCCGACUCCUACGACCUGAAGGAGGUGGACGGCACCGUCUACGAGGCCGACUGCAAGAAGAUCACCAUCGGCUCUGACAACAUCGAUAUCGGUGCCAACCCCUCUGCCGAGGAGGGUGGCGAUGAUGUCGACGACGCGUCCCAGACGGUGCUCGACGUCGUCCACUCUUUCCGUCUCAACGAGACGUCGUUCGACAAGAAGUCGUACCUCACCUACCUCAAGGGCUACAUGAAGAAGGUCAAGGAGGCGCUCAAGAACAAGGGCGCCAGCGACGAGGAGGUCAAGGACUUCGAGACCAAGGCGUCAACCUUCGCCAAGAAGGUCAUUGCCAACUUCAAGGACUACGAGUUCCUCAUUGGCGAGUCGAUGGACCCCGACGGAAUGGUCGUUCUCCUCAACUACCGCGAAGACGGUGUUACCCCGUACGUCACCAUCUGGAAGCACGGUCUCACCGAGAUGAAGGUGUAA